AUGAAUCAGAUGGGAAAGAAGAAUUUCGCGAAUCUGGAUGGGGCGGAUGCGGUGGAGCCGAAUAAUCGUUUCGACCGAUUUGAAGACGAGAUAACUCGACUUCCGGAUGGCCGUUAUUGUACACCACUGCCCUGGACGACGGAUCAAUGGAGAUUGCAGAGAAAUUUCCAUGUGACCGCCGGAAGACUGGAGAGUACGCUGGCAAGACUAAGGAAGACUCCACAGGAUCUCGCCGACUACAGCUACGAGAUCCAGCAACUGAUCGACAAGAAGUUCGUGGAAGAAGCAGAUAUGGAAAACGAUGGUCACCACACGUAUGUUCCAAAUCAUCCAGUUUUCAGAAGAGACAAAAACACGACGAAAAUUCGCCCAGUUUUUGAUGGAGCAGCUAAAUCGAAAUUUGGGCCAAGCCUGAAUGAAGUGCUGGAAAUCGGACCGAAUUUGAACCCCGAUCUCCUUUCAGUCACAAUGCGAUUCCGGAUGACCAAGAUCGCCUGGAUUGCCGACAUUGAAAAGGCGUUUUUGAACAUAGCGCUACAGCCCGAAGAUGCAGAAGCGAUCAGAUAUCCAGACACAGUGGAACAGUUAAUGGAAAACUUGUACGUCGACGAUUAUUUAGGCGGAGCAGACGAAGUCAAAACAGCCAAAUCAAGAGUCGACGAGACGAAUAUUCUAUUCAAGGAGGCACAACUCAACAUGAGGAGCUACGCAACAAAUAGCGAAGAGCUCCGUCAACACCUGGAAGAAAAAGGCCUCGAAAACCAAUCAGUAGGUCUGCUGUCUCCCUCUUUGGAUAAUCAACAGAAAGUGCUCGGGAUCCGGUGGGAUACUGGAUCCGAUACAUUCCAAUUCGAGCCAUCCACAAUCGUGCAAGCAGCGGAAGAAAUCGGCGAAAGGAUCACAAAGAGAAAAAUUUUAAGUAUUUCAUCUAGAAUUUUUGAUCCUUUGGGUUUUUUAGCCCCAACAGUCCUCCUGCUGAAGAUCAUUUAUCAACGGCUUUGGGAAAAAGACGUAGAUUGGGAUGGAGUUGCCCCAGAAGAAAUCCAAAAGUCAUGGAGAGCAGUGAUGCAAGGUGUCAUCAAUUUCAACCAACUGAAAAUACCACGCUGGGUAGGAUUCGGAAAAGAUGUAGUGAAGGCAGAAUUACACGUGUUCGGAGACGCAUCGGAAGCGGCAUACGGAGCCGUAGCUUACGUACGGCUCCAAAGAGCAAAUGAAAAGCCGUUCACCAAACGAAACUCUCUUUUGGCAGUCCGUCUAGGUGAAGCUGUAAGAAAAGCGCUGCACAUUGAAAACUGGAGAGUGACGUAUUGGUCCGAUUCAUUGGUAACGCUCGGAUGGAUCCGAGGUGACGCCAACAAGUGGAAGCCGUUUGUCCGGAACCAAGUGGAGACAAUUCAAGGUGUCUCCGAGAAGGAUUGGUGGAGGCACUGCCCAGGAGUCCAGAAUCCAGCGGAUCUUGCUUCGCGGGGAGCGCCAGCACAAGCGCUGGUAAAUUCUCAGCUAUGGUGGCACGGACCCGAAUGGUUGAUCGAAGAAGAAGACAAUUGGCCGGAUUCCAAACAUGAAAAGCAAGAUCCAUCAAUUCAAGAAACUAUAGACGCAGAGUCAAGAGGAGCAGUAGUCAACACCACUGCUGCCGUAGCAAUUCCAACAGAGCCUAUCGACUGGGACUUAGAUGUCGUCUCCACCUGGAAUCGAUUUCUGCGGAGUCGAACCUGGAUGCUAAGGUUCUCCAACAGAAGCCGUAAACGAUUACGUGACCCAGGCGCAGGACUAACAGAAGCAAUCAAAGUGAAAGAUAAAGUUAUCAGAGUGGCCAGGUUUGCAAGCGAAGAAUUAGACGAGGCGGAGCUGACGAUUUAUAGGCAGCUCCAGAAAGAAAAGUAUCCGAAGGCAUACGAGACACUCCAGCUUGGUCUACCGAUCCAUCAAAAGGAAAAGAUCGCAUCUCUCAAUCCAGUCUGGGAUGAACGAGACAAACUAAUCCGGAUCAGUGGCCGAGUCAUUCUCUCGCUCCGAGACAAAAAUAUCGAGCCUCCAAUCUUGCUACCAGCUAACCACAAAAUUGUUUCAUUUAUUAUUGCAGAUAAGCACGAAUCGCUCCAUCAUGCUGGCGUGAAAACGACCCUCUCCGAACUCAAAGAAAGAUUUUGGAUCGUCAGAGGACGUCAGCAGACAAAGAAAGAGUUGUUCAAGUGCGUCAAAUGCAAGAAACUGUCAUCACCACCAUUCAACGAGCUUGCAGCGCCACUUCCGCUCAAUCGACUGAAAAAUCCGCAGGCGUUUAACGUCACUGGUGUCGACUUUGCUGGACCGCUUUAUCACAAGCUAUUGACAAUCAAGAAAACUAAGAAAAAAGAAAAUUCUGUCGAAGCGGAUUCCAUUCCGGAGCCACUUGCUGCAGAAGAGGCUCCCCAAGAACAAGAGCCGGAGCCACUGACGGAAGCAGAGGCUCCAAUCGAUCAAGAAUUCGAAGAAGCGACAGUGACCAAUCAUCGCAAGUGCUACGUGUGUUUAUUUACGUGCGCCGUGACUCGUGCUGUGCAUCUUGAACUUGUCGUUUAUUUAUCUGCCCGCUCGUUUUUACUGGCAUUCCGACGAUUUGCCGCGAGACGAGGGCCAGUGUCGGUCAUGUAUUCCGACAAUGCACAAACUUUCCGCUGUGUCGAGCGCCACUUAAAUAUUCUACAAGCCGAUCCGACCGUCCUAGAUUUACUCGCCAGAAGAAAACUUCUUUGGAUUUAUUCCGCCAGUUUAGCCCCAUGGUGGGGAGGAUUUUGGGAGCGGAUGGUGCGGAACGUCAAAGAUUUAUUACGACGCUCCAACGGCAGAGCCUGUCUAGCCUACGAUGAAUUCGAAGUGAGUCUUAUAGAGAUUGAAAGUGUAGUUAACGCGCGUCCUCUCAAUUAUAUCAGUGACGGAGCAGACGAGCCACUCCCUAUCACUCCCAACCAGUUUCUUAACAAUCGACGAUCGACUUGUGCCACCCCGGAGCCAGCCGUCAACUUGCUGGCUCCCACUUCCACUAGUGCCACUCUCAUCGCGAUGGACCAAGAAAGAAGGGAAUAUGUGAGCAACAUCUGCGCCCGGUUCAUCGAAGAUUACGUCAUGCAGCUGGACAACUUCCACUCAAAGGGGAAAUCCAGCCGAAAAAUUCGCCUUGGGGAAGUUGUGCUUAUUCACGAUGAGCACACCAAGCGACUGAUGUGGUCAACAGGAUUAGUCACCGAACUUAGACCGAGUCGUGAUGGACUUGUUCGAUCGGUCGUUCUCCGGACCGCUAACGGUAAUCAUAUCAAUCGUGCUAUUCAAUGUUUAUAUCCCCUAGAAGUAUUCCAAGAAACCGAAGACGUGAUCACCCAAGAUGAAGCAGGACCGGAGCCAGUCGAGGAUCUGGCUCCCCCUGAUCCAGCGUCAAACGAUCCAGAUCCAGCGCCAAGCGAUCCAGGUCCAGCGUCAGACGAUCCAGAUCCAACAAUCGGAGAAGUCGAGCCGGACGAUACGGGCUCUGGUGGGGAGUAUGUUGGGAAUAUACCGACACCCCAACAGACGAUUUCCAGAUCUGGCCGUCAGAGUCGCCUACCUCGCCAUCUUCAUGAUUAUUGCCUUCGGGGCCCCCGUUAG